UUGAUCGAUUUCGGAAGGCGCAUGAGUGCAUAGGGUUUCUCACCUCAUGCGACCUUGAUUCUCUUUCUAUCUCAGACUCCUUGGGCUGAUCAUGGCGCCAACUGGCCAAGAAGAGGUUGAAUAUGAGAGUGAUCCUGAAGAGGUGAAGCGCUCCUUGGCUACGAGGAGGAGAGAAGCGAGCGAUGAUGAAGCGGCUUCGGAGGAGGAGGACGUUGAUCGUGGGGGAUCUCGGAGGACUGGAAUUCAUUCGGAUGAAUCUGAUAACCAGGGUGGUGUGGCUGAGUAUGACAAUGACGAAGAAGAGCGAUUGGCAGUAGAUGAUGAACACGUGGGUGGUAGUUAUGAUGAAGAGGAAGAGUACCUUGAGGAACGAUAUGAUGAAGAAGGCGGCGAUGACAACAGGAUGGCUGGCAGGUUGGAGGGUGUUACGAUGAAGGCAGUGGAAGCUGACGGGACGAAUGGUGAAGAGGCACUCAAGGAUUGUGCGGCAAAUCAUAUAGAUGAAGAGGAAGAAAAGGAGAAGGAACCAUUUUCUGUGCCCACUGCUGGAGCAUUUUAUAUGCAUGAUGACAGAUUUCAGGAAAAUUCUGGUGGCCGACACAGGCGAAUGCGUGGUGGAAGGAGGCUCUGGGAAUCCAAAGAUGACAAAAGAUGGGGACAUGACAAAUUUGUGGAGAUGAAUACACAGGAAAAGCCACAUGAAAGGUGGAGGACUUCUAGGGACGGGUUCAGAGGUCGUGGUCGGACUAGGAGACAAGAGCGUCGACAGUUUUCUAAGACACUUACCGACAAUGGAAAUCAAAACCAAUUUUCUAAAGUUGUCACUAGAGGGAGAGGACCUAGAAGAUAUGAGACCACCUUGAGAAACGGCAACCAAGCACCUUCUGCACAUAACAAACAGUCCCAGAAUUCUCUUGAAAAAAAGUCGCACCUUGGUUCAGGGCGUGCGCCAACAGCCCCAGAUAGAUUUGAGGCUGAAGUUGGUCAAGCGAAAAAGAGUGUAAUUGCUUCUAGUCUAAAUUCGGCUUCACCUCCAUUUUAUCCUUCCGGGUCGUCUGGUAACUUGGCACAGAAGGAUAUACAAGUUGGAAUGGAAAGACCACAUAACAAUAAAAGCAUUUCGCUUACUGGAAGGGAUUCUGGGAAUACAAAAAUAUCUUCUUCUGGGCCUUUAACCAUCAGUACUGCCCAGCCCUCUCAGCACAUGAGUCAAGGUACGGGUGCACCUGCCCCUGGACAAAUGUUUUAUCAGCACUCUGUUGACCAAGUUGACAGAACUUCGUUACCUAUGCCACUCCAUGGAGGUUCAAAAGGGGGUGGGCAAAGUGGUCUUCAAUCUCCUGCUCAGACUUUUGAUCAACCCUCUGCUUCUAUGAGACCACUGGCCUCCUCUCCGCCUAAAAUGAGCUCGACAAAAAGUUCUUACCCUUCUGAAAUGGGAUCUGCCUCAGAAACAGCGUCUUUGGUUACUGGUAAAGGAAGCCUCCAACCUAGUGGAAGCUCUUUUCUGUAUGGUGGGACUCAAGUUAUGGGGCCUGCAGGGAGUCUGGCAGUUGGCCAUGCCAACCCUAACUUCCCAGCUUUUCUGCCCUUUAUGCCAUUUGGCGGUCAACAAGGCGGGGUCCCCACCUUUGGCAUGGCAUUUCCAGGAUAUGUCCAACCUGAACACGGAUUAGGAAAUCCUGAGAUGACAUGGUUGCCAAUUUUGACUGGUCCGGGAGCUCUAGGGGCUACAUACUGUCCGCCGUAUGCUGCUAUUGACGAUUCUUACCAAUCACGCAAGCCAGGGUUACCUUCCUCUGCAGGACCUUCCAGUGAUGGUUUUUGCAACAAAGAGACCAGCACAAAUAAGCCUGAUAACGAACAGAAACCCCUGGAGAGACCUGAGGUUGCAAAAAAUGGGAUUCCGCAGCGGCAAAACAAUAACCCAAAUAAGCAGCCUCGUAGAUACUCAGAGAUGAGCUUUAGCAAGUGAUUGCAUUUUUUUUUACAUGCGAGAAAGGAGAGCUCUGUCUUAUUUGAAUAAGUUGAUAUAAAAAAAAGGAGGUUUGUAGAUAGAGAGAUGUGUGCAGAGCCUGUGGUGCUUCUCCAAGCUUCUUAAUAGAGCACUCUGGGCCGCAAAUCUUCCUGGAUUUCUUAGGUUUUGUUAAGGGUGUUCCAAGUCUGAAAGAACAUUGUGAGACUGGCGGAUCAUUUGGAUCUUAUCGUAUUGGUUCUUGUGGCUUAAAAAGAGUUUCUUUUGGUCACCAAGUGAGUUCUAUACUUGCUUUUUCAGCGCCGCUGUUGUCAAGCUCGGUGGUAUUGGAAGCUUUUCUUAUCUAUUUUAACAUGUAAUUCUUUAUUUCAUAUCUUGGUUUCCCUCUUUGGUUAAUGUCUUAAUGCUUGGUGAGUUUGGUUGUGUUGCAUUUUCUUUGGGUAUCUAUUAUUCUGUCGGUUCGGGUGUUUUA